AUGUCCCCUGGACGUGUUGACAACCACCCAGGACCAAUCGAAGACUACGUCGUCUAUCUUGAGAAGAAACUCGAGUAUUACGAAAGCCUUUUUGCUAGUUGCAGUUUCAACUAUCACAUCCUUCAGCCUGCUUCUUUAACAGGCGUCGAAUCGUGUCAACUUGACGACGCCCUUCGAUUCGAUCCAAGAAUGACAUCACCACCAAAGAAGCUCACUCAAGUCUAUCCGACGGCCCCUCAAACUGCGAAAGGACCCUCUCAAUGGCAAGUUGAAAUGCAAAAGCUGCUGCUUGAAAUUCCUUGUACUGCCUCCUGGGAGCACAGGCGUCGAGACCUUGGACUGAACUCUGCUGAAGAUAUGGUCCAUGUUUUGGUUACCCUUCUUGGCGCAACGAUUCCAGGCAGGACUUUAGAGCCCGUAGACAAAUACAUCUCUGGAUUUUCAUCAUCUUCCGUCUAUUCCCCAACCCUCUUACCAGCCUAUCAGUUUGCCCUUUCCACAUGUCAAUUUCGAAAGCAUUCCGAACUCAUGGCAAAUAUAUUCUUGCUUCGGGAAGUUAUCCUAGCUUCUUACUGCGAGGUCUUGGUAAAGAAUGGCGAGUCACAGAGCGAUGUUGAUGCCAUCAUGAGCCUUUGCGUCAAAGAGAAAAGCCUGGAAAGAUAUCGGCGAGGAGCUGUAUGGGUGAAUCGGCGAAUUUCUGAACUCUACUCUUGCGGUUGGAAAGACCGAGCGUCUGAGUUGUUCUUGAUAUGUGGCCGUUCACUAGCUCAAUAUGGUCGCUUUGCAGACUACAGUAAAUCGAGUUCCCAGCAGUUCUUGGACUGUCUAAAGUCUGAGAAGUAUACCUCUCCGCUCAUUGAUACACCCGAGCUAAUUCCACUUUCCAUUCCUUGCAUGAUCAAGAUUAUCUCUGGUGAUACCCUGAACCUAGAGCAGAUUUGCAUGCGUCUUGGGUACGAGACAGAAGUUCAGGAUAGGUUUCAGGAUCUUUUGCCAAGAUAUAUGAGCUAUCUUGCUAUACCAUCUGUUGGACAGAGCUCAGGGAACGACCCUCCCAGUCUUGAAGCAGGAGGCUUCAUGUCAGAUAGCAUGUAUACGCAGUGUACCAAUUUCCCCCCUCCGCUAUCCUCAACUUCAGAUACUUCAAGAGAAAUUGACCAGCCCGCAAACCUGGAUAUGGAGGAUUCUCGCAACGCCCCCGACUGGCUUCCAACCCCUUCAUGGCAAUCUAACUGGCAGAGAAACGGAUGGGACUAUGGUCUUGCAGACCCUUUCUUGUCUCUUUGA